AGCAACUGACUUGUAUAUUAGCCAUGUAUCUUGUAUCCUGUGACUUCGCUGUAAUUGCUAAUUAGUUCCAGGAGUGAUUUUUUUUUUUUUUGGUUUAUUAUUUAAUCUCUACAUAGUCAUCUCAUCUACAAAGACAGUUUUGUAUUUUCCUUCCCAAUCUAUUUACCUUUUAUUUCCUUUUCUUGUCUUACUGUACUAGGUAGGACUUCCGGUAUGAUGGUAAGUAGGAGUGGUAAGAGGGGACACCCUUGUCUUAUUCUCAGUCUUAGAAGGAAAGCAUACAAUUUCUCACCAUGAAGUCUGAUGUUAUCAAUAUGCCUUCUGGAGAUGAAGUUCCCCUCUGUUCUUAGUUAGCUGAGAGUUUUUAUCAGGAAAGGGUGUUAAAAUUCUGUCAAAUGCCUUUUCUGUAUCAGUUGAUGUGAUUAAGUGGCUGUUCCUGUUUAGUCUGUCAUUGUGGUAGGGUAUGUUAAUUGAUUUUCAAAUAUUGGGACAGAUUUGAAUACCUGGAGUAAAUUCCACUUAGUCAUGUUAUGUAGUUGUUUUUCAUUGUUAGAAGUGGGAAGGUGGGCAGGGAUAGGUAGAAUGGUCAGCAUAUCAUGGAGUAUGGUGCUUACUACAACAUGGCCUUUUGGGGAGAGACACGUUGACAGCUUCUGCCAGCUAGGGGCUCCUAAAUAGCAGCCCCCAGAAGGAAGUUAGACCAAAGAAGUGUGGCAGGCUUAGGUUUGAGAACUGUUGUGACUAGUGUAAAGGUAAGUACCCAGUUUUGUUCAAAGCUUCUGAGGUGUAAGUUUUUAACUUACAGGGGACAUGUGAAAACUAAUAAAGAGAUGGAGAUAAUUCGUACACCAUGAGAGGCUUGGCAUGCUUUGCAGACUUGGGGGCCUGUAUACAGACUUUAAGGAGCACUGCUAUCCUAAGUCCCCACCUGAGAACUUUAGUUUCCCUUGAGCACACAUAUUUGAGUUAGCCCCUUGGAUGCAGUGUGCAGAGAUACAAGUACAAGAGACUUUCAGACCAGGGGUCCUGUUGCCCUUUGAGAAAUGUUAGAGCAUUAGGCCAUGCAAUCUGCACUGAAUGAGUUCGAGCCUUCAAAAAGUCAGGUUAACUUGACUCGAAUCCUAAGAAGGGCAGGAAAUCGUCAAACUGCUGCCGGAUCUGGAACAGAUGUCUGAGAAACACAGAUGGUUACAGGCAGCUUGGGAACAUGGGAGAAACCUCAGGGCUGUCAAACUUUCACAAAGAGAGAAUCAUUAAAUGGAUGGUGGGCCUGAAAAAAUCACCAUAUAUGCUAAUUGCUGAUGCUUGGGGAAGAUUUCUUCCCAUCUCAACCCUCCUCAGAAGCAAAAUUCACAGAGGCUUUCUUUUCCUUUCCCUGUCCACAGGUAACAGUCCAUUGGACAGCCCCAGGAAUUUCUCUCCAAAUGCACCUGCUCACUUUUCCUUUGUUCCUGCCCGUAGGACUGAUGGACGGCGCUGGUCUUUGGCCUCUUUGCCUUCUUCAGGCUAUGGAACCAACACUCCCAGCUCUACCGUCUCAUCAUCAUGCUCCUCGCAGGAAAAGCUGCACCAGUUGCCCUUCCAGCCUACAGCUGAUGAGCUGCACUUCCUGACGAAGCAUUUCAGCACAGAGAGUGUGCCCGAUGAGGAGGGCCGGCAGUCCCCAGCCCUGCGGCCCCGCUCCCGCAGCCUCAGUCCUGGACGGUCACCAGUUUCCUUUGACAGUGAAAUAAUAAUGAUGAAUCAUGUAUACAAAGAAAGAUUCCCCAAGGCCACCGCACAAAUGGAAGAGCAUCUAGCAGAGUUCAUUUCCUCCAACACUCCAGACAGUGUGUUGCCCUUGGCAGAUGGAACCUUGAGCUUUAUCCAUCAUCAGGUGAUUGAGAUGGCCCGAGACUGCCUGGAUAAAUCUCGGAGUGGCCUCAUUACCUCACACUACUUCUACGAGCUUCAAGAGAAUUUAGAAAAACUUCUGCAAGAUGCUCACGAGCGCUCAGAGAGUUCAGAAGUGGCUUUUGUGAUGCAGCUGGUGAAAAAGCUGAUGAUUGUCAUUGCCCGCCCAGCACGCCUCCUGGAGUGCCUGGAGUUUGACCCUGAAGAGUUCUACCACCUGUUAGAAGCAGCUGAGGGCCACGCCAAAGAGGGACAAGGGAUUAAAUGUGACAUUCCCCGCUACAUCGUUAGCCAGCUGGGCCUCACACGGGAUCCACUAGAGGAAAUGGCCCAGUUAAGCAGCUAUGACAGUCCUGACACACCGGAGACAGAUGAUUCAGUUGAGGGCCGUGGGGCUUCUCUGACAUCUAAGAAGACACCCUCUGAAGAGGACUUCGAAACCAUUAAGCUCAUCAGCAAUGGCGCUUAUGGGGCUGUAUUCCUGGUGCGGCACAAGUCCACCCGGCAGCGCUUUGCCAUGAAAAAGAUCAACAAGCAGAACCUGAUCCUGCGGAACCAGAUCCAGCAGGCCUUCGUGGAGCGAGACAUACUGACUUUUGCUGAGAACCCCUUUGUGGUCAGCAUGUUCUGCUCCUUUGAGACCAAGCGCCACCUGUGCAUGGUGAUGGAGUAUGUCGAAGGAGGGGACUGUGCCACUCUGCUGAAGAACAUCGGGGCCCUGCCUGUGGACAUGGUGCGCCUGUACUUUGCAGAAACCGUGCUCGCCCUGGAGUACUUACACAACUAUGGCAUCGUGCACCGUGACCUCAAGCCUGACAACCUGCUGAUUACAUCCAUGGGGCACAUCAAGCUCACUGACUUUGGCCUUUCUAAAAUUGGCCUCAUGAGUCUGACUACAAACUUAUAUGAGGGCCACAUUGAAAAGGAUGCUCGGGAGUUCCUGGACAAGCAGGUAUGCGGGACCCCGGAGUACAUCGCGCCUGAGGUGAUCCUGCGUCAGGGCUAUGGGAAGCCGGUUGACUGGUGGGCCAUGGGCAUAAUCCUGUAUGAGUUCCUCGUGGGUUGCGUCCCUUUCUUUGGAGACACUCCGGAGGAGCUCUUUGGGCAAGUGAUCAGUGAUGAGAUUGUAUGGCCCGAGGGGGAUGAUGCCCUGCCUCCGGACGCUCAGGACCUCACGUCUAAACUGCUCCACCAGAACCCUCUGGAGAGACUGGGUACAGGCAGUGCCUGUGAGGUGAAGCAGCACCCAUUCUUUACUGGUCUGGACUGGACAGGACUUCUUCGCCAGAAGGCCGAAUUUAUUCCUCAGCUGGAGUCGGAGGAUGAUACCAGCUACUUUGACACCCGCUCAGAGCGAUACCACCAUGUGGACUCGGAGGACGAGGAGGAAGUGAGUGAGGAUGGCUGCCUUGAGAUCCGCCAGUUUUCUUCCUGCUCCCCAAGGUUCAGCAAGGUGUACAGCAGCAUGGAGCGGCUCUCCCUGCUCGAGGAGCGCCGGACGCAGCCCCCCACCAAGCGCAGCCUGAGCGAGGAGAAGGAGGACCGCUCGGAUGGCCUGGCAGGGCUGAGGGGCCGAGACCGAGGCUGGGUGAUUGGUUCCCCGGAGAUCUUACGGAAGCGGCUGUCGGUGUCAGAGUCGUCCCACACGGAGAGUGACUCGAGCCCUCCACUGACUGUGCGACGCCACUGCUCAGGCCUCCUGGAUGCACCUCGCUUCCCUGAGGGCACCGAGGAGGCCAGCGGCACCCCCAGGAGGCAGCAGCAGGAGGGCGCAUGGCUUCUGACACCCCCGUCUGGAGAAAGGGGACCCGCGCCUGCCCCUGAACAGCUGGUGGAGCGGCGGCUGAAGCUGGAUGCAGAGCCUUUUGGCCAGAGCGGUGCUUCCAGCCCAGCUGUGGAGACUCAAGGAGGCCGUGGGACCCCACAGCUGGCUGAGGGAGCCACAGCCAAGGCCAUCAGUGACCUGGCGGUACGCAGGGCCCGCCACCGGCUGCUCUCUGGGGACUCUAUAGAAAAGCGCACCGCUCGCCCCGUCAACAAAGUGAUCAAGUCCGCCUCGGCCACAGCCCUGUCCCUCCUCAUUCCUGUGGAGCACCACACCUGCUCUCCACUGGCCAGCCCCAUGUCCCCACAUUCCCAGUCGUCCAACCCGUCAUCCAGGGACUCUUCUCCAAGCAGAGACUUCUUGCCAGCCCUCAGCAGCUCAAGGCCCCCCAUCAUCAUCCACCGAGCUGGCAAGAAGUAUGGCUUCACCCUGAGGGCCAUCCGUGUCUACAUGGGUGACUCAGACGUCUACACUGUGCACCACAUGGUGUGGCACGUGGAGGACGGAGGUCCAGCCAGUGAUGCAGGGCUUCGUCAGGGGGACCUCAUCACCCACGUCAAUGGGGAGCCUGUGCACGGGCUGGUGCACACAGAGGUGGUGGAGCUAAUCCUGAAGAGUGGAAACAAGGUGUCUAUUUCAACAACUCCCCUGGAGAACACAUCCAUUAAAGUGGGGCCAGCUCGGAAGGGCAGCUACAAGGCUAAGAUGGCCCGAAGGAGCAAGCGGAGCCGGGGCAAGGAUGGGCAAGAAAGCAGAAAAAGGAGCUCCCUAUUCCGGAAGAUCACCAAGCAGGCCUCCCUGCUCCACACCAGCCGCAGCCUUUCUUCCCUUAACCGUUCUUUGUCAUCAGGGGAGAGUGGGCCAGGCUCUCCCACACACAGCCACAGCCUUUCCCCCCGAUCUCCCACUCAGGGCUACCGGGUGACCCCUGAUGCUGUGCAUUCAGUGGGGGGGAAUUCAUCACAGAGCAGCUCCCCCAGCUCCAGCGUGCCCAGUUCUCCAGCCGGCUCCGGGCACGCACGGCCCAGCUCCCUGCACGGUCUGGCACCCAAGCUCCAGCGCCAGUACCGCUCUCCACGGCGCAAGUCAGCGGGCAGUAUCCCGCUGUCACCCCUGGCCCACACCCCUUCUCCACCACCAGCAGCCUCACCCCAGCGUUCCCCAUCACCCCUGUCUGGCCAUGGAGCCCAGGCCUUCCCCACCAAGCUUCACUUGUCGCCUCCCUUAGGCCGGCAACUCUCCCGACCCAAGAGCGCGGAGCCACCCCGCUCACCACUACUUAAGAGGGUACAGUCAGCUGAGAAACUAGCAGCUGCACUUGCUGCUUCUGAGAAGAAGCUUGCCACUUCUCGGAAACAUAGCCUUGACCUGCCCCACCCUGAGCUAAAGAAGGAACUGCCACCCAGGGAAGUCAGCCCUCUGGAGGUAGUUGGGACCAGGAGUGUGCUGUCUGGGAAGGGGGCGCUGCCGGGGAAGGGAGUGCUGCAGCCUGCUGCCUCGUGGGCCCUAGGCACCCUCCGCCAAGACCGGGCUGAACGGCGAGAGUCACUGCAGAAACAAGAAGCCAUCCGAGAGGUCGACUCUUCUGAGGAUGACACUGAUGAGGGGCCUGAGAACAGUCAAGGUGUACAGGAGCCAAGCUUGGUACCUAACCCAGAAGUGGGCCAGGAUCCACCCCUCAGAGGAGCCAGAGAGGGUGAGGAAGAGGAUGCCUUCUUGCCCAGGGACCGCAGGAGCCAGGGCCCAGGGGACCCAGGCCUAUUGACAGGGGUCACACUGGGAUCUUCCAAAAUGGAAGGCCCUAGUGUCCCCCAGAAGAGGCUUGGGAUCCUACAGGCCUUUGAAGAGGCUGCUAGCCCCUCGUCAUCAGCCCCCAGCCUGGGUAGGGCUGGACCCACAGACCCCAUCCCCGCUGAAGGCUGCUGGAAGGCCCAGCACCUCCACACCCAGGCACUAACAGCACUUUGUCCGAGCUCUUCAGGACUCAUCCCCACCAGUUGCUCCGCUGCCUCUACUUCUGGAGAGCUGGGCCCAUGGUCCUGGAAAUUCCUUAUCAAGGGCCCUGAGAGGGCAUCCCCAAGCAGAAGAGCAACAGCAGAAGGUGGGCUGGCCAGCUCCCAGGAUUUGGAAGCCACAACUUCAGUCCACCCUACAAACCUGUCUCCCAGACAGGAGGGGAAGUCAUGGCCACCCAGUGCCCCUGGACUGGCCCAUCCACUUUGUGAGGUUCCCAGCCAAAGCUGGCUAUGGGAGCCUCAGUGUGCACAAAGAGAGAAAGAGGAGCCAGCCCUGGGCAUCACCAAAGUGCCUGAUGCCUCAGGUGACAGGAGGCAGGACGUUCCAUGCAAAAGCUGCCCCCUCACCCAGGAGUCUGGGCCCAGCCUACUCCAGAAGGGCCGAGACCCAGGGGGCCCUCAGAAGCAUCAGGACUUGGCAUUGGCACCCGAUGAGUUUUUAAAGCAAACAUAGCAGUUGUUUGCCAUUUCUUGCACUCAGACCUGUGUAAUACACGCUCUUGGAAACCA